UUAAUUUAAUUGAUACCAACAGUGCACAAGUAACGCAACAACUGCCUCAAAAUGUUUGCCAAUCUGAAAAACAAAUUAAUCGAGGAAGUGAAAGCGUCUCCGUCCAAAUUUCAGCAGUUUGCAAACGCAGCGCAGGCCGCCGUGAGCUCAUCGACCAGCACUACGCCAAACAGUUCGGAAACCAACACCACAGGCACCAAUGACAAUUUCUUCAGCAUUACGGAGGAGGACACUCCACAGAACUCGCCGUACCGUUUACAGAAGCUGCCAGCAGCUAGCACCUCUGCAUUGCGUGGACGUUCCUCCACACAAUCACUUAAUGGUGUAGGCGGGGGCGCUGUACCGCGGACCCGCAAACUGUCAAACUCAUCGAUGGCCAGUGACGUGUCCUUUCGCCUGCCCACCUACGACGCGCCUUCCAUGUAUCACUUGCAAUCGGAUCUGGACGAAACAAGCAGUGAGUUCGAUGACUCUGCUUCCACGGCACGUCUGGAUGUGAUCACAAAGGACCAACUGUACGAUGCAUACAAAAAGUCGCUAGAUCGCUAUCACAAAUACCGCUGCCGCUACACGGAUCUGGCGAAAAAGUACAAGGAAUUAGAACGCGAUAGCACCAAAGCACGGUCGGUGCUCGUGGAGACUCAAGAGAAAGCAUUGCGUCGCAUCAGCGAAUUGAGGGAACAAUGUACGCUGGAACAGCAGGCCAAAGCGCAUCUGGAGGAGGCUCUCCGUAUUGAAAUGGAUGAUAUGAGCUGCAAGAUGCAGGCCUAUCAGACAAAGCUCAAAUUGCUGGGCGAAAAUCCCGAUAAUAUAGAAGCUGCCUUGGAGCGUGGACCUGCAGCCGAUAGUGAACAGCUCAUUGAUCUUGCAGAGUCAACGCCAAAUGGCACAAGCACCUGUGACAGUCAACCUAUGCAAGAUGAUGACUUGCUCAGGCUGCAGGAGUUACUGAAGGAAAGUGAAAAUCAGUUGCAACAGAUGACAGAAAAGCACGACACAGCGAUAAGCACAAUUGCAACACUUCGCAAACAGGAGGAGGAAAAUGUGCUGCUGCUGGCGCAAACCAAGCAAGCCAUACACACCGAACUAGAGCACAAGGAGCGUGAGGUAAAGCAGCUACAAGAUAAGCUAAAGAAACUAGAAGGUGACAACGACACCAAGGAACAGGUAAAGAAGCUUCAAAAUGCAAAGCAGGAGGCAGACGCUAAGGUAAUAGCCACAGAACAUCUGCUAAGUACACUGCGCAGUGACUUUACCAGCAAAGAGCAACAGGUGGCGACUCUAGAAGGGCAGCUACAAACUCUCAAAACAGCCAGCGAACAAACCAUUCAGGAUUUGAGUCAGCAUAAUGGCCAACUAAAUGAGAUGCUGCAGCGGUAUCAGCAAAAUGAAUUAACGCUCGCCGAAGUCGAUGGUCAGCUGAAGCAAGCCAAGCAGGAAAUCGCGUCACUACAGCAGAAAUUGAAGCAGCAGGAUCAAAAAAUCGUGGAUGCCGAGAAGAGCUUGGAAAUUGAGCGCGAUGUAGUCGCCGCCCUUAAUGCCGAAAAAAGCACAUUCGACGAAUUGCGCUCCAAUUACGAUCAACAGUUAUUGAAGGUAGACCAACUGCAACGUGAGCUACAAAUACUGAAAGAGCAACAUACAAGCAACGAAAGUGAAACUAUUGCUGCUCUAAAGCUAGAACUGGAGCGUACUAAUGAAACACUUAACGAACAACUGUCCACCGCCAAGUCCAAUCUUGCAAGCAAGGAGAAGGAACUAAAGGCGAACAGCAACAAGUUUAACAAAUUGAAAAAACAACAGGAGCAGACACAGACCAAGCUAAACGAACAUAAUGCGGAAGUGAAGCGACUCAAUAGUCAGCUGGCGCAGCAGGAAGAGAGAUUGCGUCAGGCUGCCCAAGUAGAAAGUGAAAAAGAGGAGCUGCAAACACGCGUAGCUGCUAUUUUAGAUGAAAUUACCACGAUGCAAGCUCAUUUGCAGGAGGUGCAACAGUCACAUGCAGAGCUGGAGCGUGAAAAAGGCAAACUGGAGUCAAAAAUCGAGCAGCUGCAGCAGCAACAGCUGGAAAACAGUGUCCAGAGUGGUGCCAGCAACGAGCGGGCAAAGCGUUUUGAGGCUCAGCUUGAAGAGAUCGAACGUGAGAACACGAAGCUAUCCGAGCGCAACUGCCUGCUAGAAGAGCAAAACAAUCACUUGCAGAAACAACUGGAAGAACGCCAACGCCAGCAAACCACAGAGAAUGAGGCACUAGUCAGUGAGCUCCGCCUUCAGCUACAGACGGCACAGGACGAUCUUGCUAAGUUGGAGACGAAAAUGAAGCAGGUUCUCGAUGAUCACUCGCGCAUGCAAAAUGCACAAGAGAUCAUGGACCAUGAUCAUCGUACCCUCCAGGAUAAAUGUGAUGCCUAUGAAAAGGAGAAGCUGCUACUCGAGGAUGAACUCAAGUGUGCGCAACUUGCGGCCACAGACCUUCAGCAGACGAAUACUGCACUGGAAACCGAGCUAACGGAACUGCGGCAAACGGCACAAGUAAGCGCCAACGAAUUGGCUCAAUUUGAAAGCGUUCGUGAAGCUCUACAGCAGCAACUAGAUGCUCUCAAGGAGGUGCAGUCCAACGAUGAACGCCACAAGACAUUACUAGAGCAGGCGCAGCAGCGUAACACGCAACUGCAGAACGAACUGAUUGCGAUUGGUACACAAUUGCAAGCCAUUGAGCACUACCCUGUUGAAUUGGAUCGAGUACAGCAGGAAUUAUGCGAGUUGCGAGAGAAACGACAUGAAUUGGAGCAACAAGUUCAGGAGCACAAGCAGAUGGCAAUCGACUUAGAAACACAGCUGCAUGAGCUGCAGGAUCAGAGCAACAAGCAACAAUCGACGCUGGCUGAGAAGGAGGCCAGCAUUGAAGCUAUGCGAACACAAUUAGAUAGCAGCAGCUCAACUCAAACGGAGGAAAUUAGUGCACUUCAAGCUACCCUUCAAAAUCUGCGGCACCAACUGGAGGCGCAGAAGCAAGUGGAGCAAGCCUUAAACGAGAAAAUGCAGGCAGUCAAUGCGGCGCAUGUAACUCAGCUCGAAACGCUCGAAGCGCGCUGUGGUGCCGCCAAUAGCGAUGUGGAGCGCCUACACGAAGCCAAUGAUGCUCUGCAGUUGGAAUUAGAAACGCUGAAGAACAGAUAUUCCCUGCAAAUAGACGAACUACAGGAAAUUCUAAACCAACGCGAUAUGCAGCUGGCAGGCAAUGUGGAGGCUACCAAAAAACUUGCGGCCUACGAACAGCUGCAGAUUGAGAACGAGUACCUUACCAUGCAUACCAAACAACUGGAGCAGGACCUGACAGAGGCCAAGUCACUGACACAAACCUCUCAUACUGACAACAGCGAACUUAAGGAUAAGCUAAAAUCGCUGCAAUGCGAGCUUUAUGUUCUUCAGGAACAGGUCGAGAAACAUGUCAGUGAAUUGGCAGAGAAAGACAAGCAUAGUAUCGCAGCAAUGGAAGAGGUGAUCAAACUGAAAUCCCAGCUAGAGGAGCAGACCCUCGAGUUGAGCAGGCAGAGUGAACACGCCAAGUUCGUGACUGAACAGAGCGAUACCGUGCAGAAGGAGUUGCUGCAUUCACAACAACAGGUGCAAGAAAAACAAGACGAGAUUACACAACUUCAAGAAUCCCGGAACGGCCUGGAGGUGCAAUUACAGAAGCUCCAAGCUGAGCAUACAACCAGCACACAGACUCUUGAGACACUUCAUGAACAAAUUACCGAACUUAAAACACAGCUCGCGGCCCAACCAGCCACCAAUGGCACCGAUGCCGUUCAUCUGCGUAACAUAAAUGAGCAAUUGCAACGCGAACUGGAAGAUCUCAAGUACAAAUCAAAUGGCGAGCAGGCCAAUUUGCAGCAAGAGAUCGAUGAGUUGCAGGGCAACAACAAUCAAAUGGCUGAACGGAUUAUGGAAUUGGAAACGUUACGGGCCAGCAUACAGGCACAACAGCUGCUUGCGAGCAUGGCACCCAAAAGUGUGCAAAAUUCCACCAAAUCCGAGGCAAUUGCGUCGCCCGACGAUGAGAAAACUGAGCUGGAAAUGAAGCUCAAGGAGAUCAUGACCGAGGUUCAGGACGUUACCAAUCGGAAUUUGUUUUUGGAACAAAAAUGUGAAAACUAUCUCAUUCUCGAACAAUCGAAUGAACGCCUCAAAUCGCAAAAUGCCAAACUGUCCCGUCAAUUGGAUGAGACCUUGGUAUCCAUGCAACACAGCGAGAACGUGCCGGUCAAUACGGAGUUCGAGUAUUUGCGUAAUAUUAUGUUUCAGUAUUUAACUGGCAAUACAAACAAUGAGACUUUGGUCAAGGUCAUAGCUGCUGUUCUGAAAUUCUCGCCACAGCAGCAACAGGUUGCCCUCGAAAAGGAGCAUCAACGACGAUCGCUGCUCAACAAAAUUCUAUAGCAAGAGUUACCGGCGACAACUGUACAGAAUUUCAAAUACAUCAGCAGCAACAAUAACUAUUGGUGGCAGUCGUGCAGUGCUACGCUUGUAGACUAACAAUGAAGAAAUCAAAACAUGUCUAAGUUCACAUAAAGUACCUUACCUCGAUUCCGUGUGCACACUGGGCUUCAAAUUGUAGUUAAAAAGCAACAUUUUUUGUUAAGUGAAUAGGACUUACCUAUUCAUCCUUCUUUGCUAUUGUACAGUAACAGAACGCUCUAAAUUCUAUAGAGAUCUAUUGAUUCGACUCUAUUUACGGCAUUUUCUUGUGUACAUUUUGAAACCUUUGGCUAUUUCAAAUAUUUUACGAACGCAUUGUUUGUUAAUGUGCAAUCAAUCACUUUUUCUUCUACGAGUGUAUACAAAUUCCUAAUGCAGAAAAUAAUUUUAGUUUUAAGUUAAAAAUUGUAAAGAUCACUUGCAGUUAGCAUUUAGUUUAAUUGAAAUUAUAUUACAAAAUAAAAUUAUAUAAAUACAUAA